GCCCCGCCCCAGCUCCGCCUGCCCCGGGCCCGCUGAGCGGCGCCUGUCCGGGAUGCGGAGCCCGGACGCCUGAGCCGCGGCGCGACCUCGGCGCGGGAAGUUCGGGCGCCGCGCGGCGAUGGAGGCACCCGGCAGCGGUAGUGGCGACGGCGGCGGGGACCCAGGCGGGGACGGUGCGCAUCCCGAUGCUCGCGGACCCGGCUCCGGGCCGUGCGCGGCCGCCCGCGACUCGGAACGCCAGCUGCGCCUCCGUCUGUGCGUACUCAACGAGAUCCUGGGCACUGAGCGCGACUACGUGGGCACCUUGCGUUUCCUGCAGUCGGCCUUCCUACAGCGGAUCCGGCAGAAUGUGGCCGACUCCGUGGAGAAGGGCCUCACAGAAGAGAAUGUCAAGGUCCUCUUCUCCAACAUCGAGGACAUCUUGGAAGUCCAUAAGGAUUUCUUGGCUGCCCUGGAGUACUGCUUACACCCUGAACCUCAGUCUCAGCACGAACUUGGGAAUGUCUUCUUGAAAUUUAAGGACAAGUUCUGUGUGUACGAGGAGUACUGCAGCAACCAUGAGAAGGCCCUGCGCCUGCUGGUAGAGCUCAACAAGGUCCCUGCCGUGCGUGCCUUCCUCCUGAGCUGCAUGCUUCUGGGCGGCCGGAAGACCACUGACAUCCCUCUAGAGGGCUACCUGCUGUCCCCGAUCCAGAGAAUCUGCAAGUACCCACUCCUGCUCAAGGAGUUGGCCAAGAGGACCCCCGGCAAGCACCCUGACCACACCGCAGUACAGAGUGCCCUGCAGGCCAUGAAGACCGUCUGCUCCAACAUCAAUGAGACCAAGAGGCAGAUGGAGAAGCUGGAGGCCCUGGAGCAGCUGCAGUCUCACAUCGAAGGCUGGGAGGGCUCGAACCUCACAGACAUCUGUACCCAGCUCCUCCUUCAGGGCACCCUGCUGAAGAUCUCUGCGGGCAACAUCCAAGAGAGAGCCUUCUUCCUCUUUGACAACCUGCUUGUCUACUGCAAGCGGAAAUCUAGGGUCACUGGGAGCAAGAAAUCUACCAAAAGGACCAAGUCCAUCAAUGGCUCCCUGUACAUCUUCAGGGGUCGGAUCAACACCGAGGUCAUGGAAGUGGAGAAUGUGGAGGACGGAACAGCCGAUUACCACAGCAAUGGCUACACUGUCACUAAUGGCUGGAAGAUCCACAACACAGCCAAAAACAAGUGGUUCGUGUGUAUGGCCAAGACGGCGGAAGAGAAACAGAAGUGGCUGGAUGCCCUGAUCCGAGAGCGGGAGCAGCGAGAGAGCCUGAAGCUAGGCAUGGAGCGUGACGCGUACGUCAUGAUUGCGGAGAAGGGGGAGAAGCUGUAUCACAUGAUGAUGAGCAAGAAGGUGAACUUGAUCAAGGACCGCCGGCGGAAGCUGAGCACCGUCCCCAAGUGCUUCCUUGGCAACGAGUUCGUCGCCUGGCUCCUGGAAAUUGGUGAGAUCAGCAAGACAGAAGAAGGGGUCAACUUGGGCCAAGCCCUGUUGGAGAACGGUAUCAUCCACCACGUCUCUGACAAGCACCAGUUCAAGAACGAGCAGGUGAUGUAUCGCUUCCGCUACGAUGACGGCACUUACAAAGCCCGCAGUGAGCUGGAGGACAUCAUGUCCAAGGGCGUGAGACUCUACUGCCGGCUGCACAGCCUGUACGCCCCCGUGAUCAAGGACCGUGAUUACCACCUGAAGACCUACAAGUCUGUGGUCCCCGGGAGCAAGCUGGUAGACUGGCUACUGGCACAGGGGGACUGCCAGACACGGGAGGAGGCGGUGGCGCUUGGUGUAGGCCUGUGCAACAACGGCUUCAUGCACCAUGUUCUGGAGAAGAGCGAAUUCAAGGAUGAGUCCCAGUACUUCCGCUUCCAUGCUGAUGAGGAGAUGGAGGGGACCAGCAGCAAGAAUAAACAGCUUCGCAACGACUUCAAGCUAGUGGAGAACAUUCUGGCAAAGCGGCUGCUGAUCCCGCCGCAGGAGGAUGACUAUGGCUUCGAUCUUGAGGAGAAGAACAAGGCCGUGGUGGUGAAGUCCGUGCAGAGGGGUUCGCUGGCUGAGAUGGCUGGCCUGCAGGCGGGGAGAAAGAUUUACUCCAUCAACGAGGACCUGGUGUUCCUGCGUCCCUUCUCUGAGGUGGAGACCAUCCUUAACCAGUCCUUCUGCUCCCGCCGCCCACUGCGCCUCCUGGUGGCCACCAAGGCCAAAGAGACCAUCAAAGUCCCUGACCACCCAGAGGCCCUGUCCUUCCAGAUUCGAGGAUCAGCCCCACCGUGUGUCUUUGCUGUGGGCAGAGGCUCUGAGGCGGUGGCUGCCGGGCUCUGCGCGGGCCAAUGCAUCCUGAAAGUCAAUGGCAACAGCGUGGCAAAUGAUGGCGCCCUUGAAGUUCUCGAGCACUUCCAGGCUUUCCGAAACCAUAGGGAGGAGGCCCUGGGUCUUUACCAGUGGGCCUACCACAGCCAUGAGGAUGCCCAGCAGGCACGAGCCAGCCAGGGUGCCCCUGACGAGGACCUCCAGGAAGAUGAGCAGCCUGACUCAGCCCUGCCCCUGCUGUCCCUGGGUCCCCAGCUGAGCCUGCAUGAGGACAGUGCUGUGGUCAGCCUGACGCUCGACAAUGUGCACUUGGAGCACGGUGUGGUUUACGAAUACGUGAGCACAGCAGGAGCCAAGUGUCACGUGCUGGAGAAGAUCGUGGAGCCCCGAGGCUGUUUCCGCCUGGCUGCCAAGAUCCUUGAGGCCUUUGCGGUGGACGACAGCAUCUUUGUGCAGAACUGUGGGCGGCUCAUGGCCAUGAGCAGCGCCAUUAUCACCAUGUCCCACUACGAGUUCCAUAACAUCUGUGACACCAAGCUGGAGAGCAUCGGCCAGAGGAUCGCCUGCUACCAGGAGUUUGCAGCCCAGCUGAAGAGCAGGGUGAGCCCCCCCUUCAAGCAGGCACCCCUGGAGCCCCACCCGCUGUGUGGCCUGGACUUCUGCCCCACCAACUGUCACAUCAACCUCAUGGAAGUGUCCUACCCCAAGACCACCCCUUCGGUAGGCAGGUCCUUCAGCAUCCGCUUCGGACGCAAACCCUCCCUCAUCGGCCUUGACCCGGAACAAGGCCACCUGAACCCCAUGGCCUACACCCAGCAUUGUAUCACCACCAUGGCUGCCCCAUCCUGGAAGUGUGCACCUGCUGUAGACGGGGACUGCCAAGGCCAGGGUCUCACUGACAGCAGCUACGGCUCAGCCGGUGGUGGCCCGAGCCAGCACGACCGGGGCCUGAGCUUUCUGCUCAAACAGGAAGACCGAGAGAUCCAGGACGCGUACCUGCAGCUCUUCACUAAGCUGGACGUGGCGCUCAAGGAGAUGAAGCAGUAUGUCACCCAGAUCAACAGGCUGCUGUCAACCAUCACAGAGCCCACGUCAGCUGCACCCUGUGACCCACCCUUGGUGGAGGAGACCUCAUCUUCCCCACCAGUCAGUGAGGAGAGCGAAGUGGACAGGGCUGACCAUGGUGGCAUCAAGAAGGUGUGCUUCAAGGUGUCGGAGGAUGAGCAGGAAGACUCGGGCCACGACACCAUGAGCUACCGUGACUCCUACAGUGAGUGUAACAGCAAUCGGGACUCUGUCCUGUCCUACACCAGCGUGAGAAGCAACAGUUCAUACCUGGGCAGUGAUGAGAUGGGCUCAGGGGAUGAGCUACCCUGUGACAUGCGCAUCCCAUCCGACAAGCAGGACAAACUUCAUGGCUGCCUGGAACAUCUCUUUAAUCAGGUGGAUUCCAUCCACGCCCUGCUCAAGGGGCCUGUGAUGAGCAGGGCGUUUGAGGAGACCAGGCAUUUCCCUAUGGAGCACAGCUGGCAAGAGUUCAAACAGAAAGAGGAAUGCACUGUCCGAGGGCGGAACUUGAUCCAGAUCAGCAUCCAGGAGGACCCUUGGAACCUGCCCAGCUCCAUCAGGACCCUGGUGGACAACAUCCAGCGAUAUGUGGAAGAUGGAAAGAACCAGCUGCUGCUAGCUCUGCUGAAAUGCACAGACACGGAGCUGCAGCUUCGCAGGGAUGCUGUCUUCUGUCAGGCCCUGGUGGCCGCCGUGUGCACCUUCUCGGAGCAGCUGCUGGCCGCCCUUGACUACCGCUACAACAACAACGGCGAGUAUGAAGAGAGCAGCAGAGAUGCCAGCCGCAAGUGGCUGGAGCAGGUGGCGGCCACGGGUGUCCUGCUGCACUGGCAGUCUCUGUUGGCACCAGCCACUGUGAAGGAGGAACGGACCAUGCUGGAGGACAUCUGGGUGACGCUGUCGGAACUGGAUAAUGUCACCUUCUCCUUUAAGCAGCUGGAUGAGAAUUCUGUGGCCAACACCAACGUCUUCUACCACAUCGAGGGCAGCAGGCAGGCGCUGAAGGUAGUAUUCUACCUCGACGGCUUCCACUUCUCCAGGCUGCCCUCUCGCCUGGAGGGUGGGGCUAGCCUCAGGCUGCACACUGUGCUAUUCACAAAAGCUCUGGAGAACGUGGAAGGGCCGCCGCCCCCAGGAAGCCAGGUGGCAGAAGAGCUACAGCAGGAGAUCAACGCACAGUCCCUGGAGAAGGUGCAGCAGUACUAUAGAAAGCUCAGGGCAUUCUACCUGGAGCGGUCCAACCUCCCCACGGAUGCUGGCACCACAGCCGUGAAGAUUGACCAGCUGAUACGUCCCAUCAACGCCCUGGAUGAGCUCUACCGCCUCAUGAAGUCCUUUGUGCACCCCAAAGCUGGCGCUGCAGGGAGCCUAGGCGCCGGUCUCAUCCCUGUCUCCUCUGAGCUCUGCUAUCGCCUGGGGGCGUGUCAGAUCACCAUGUGUGGCACCGGCAUGCAACGGAGCACCCUGAGCGUGUCCUUGGAACAAGCAGCCAUCCUGGCACGGAGUCACGGGCUGCUGCCCAAGUGUGUCAUGCAGGCCACAGACAUCAUGCGCAAACAGGGUCCCCGAGUAGAGAUUCUGGCCAAAAACCUCCGCAUCAAGGACCCAAUGCCCCAAGGUGCACCACGCCUCUACCGCCUCUGCCAGCCUCCGGUGGAUGGAGACCUCUGAAUAUCGGACAUGCUCCCUGCUCAGCCACUGCCUCAGCGACUGCAGUGUGAGAGGACACGGAGGGGCCGCAAGGGGACCCGAGGCUUUUGCCAUAGCUGUGUCAAGACCUAUCCAGCUGACCCUGCUGCCACCGUCCAGGAUAAGUCUCUGUGCCACAUCCUUUUGCUGGGCUGGCAGGUUCUCCAUACUUAUGCCUAAAGCCUGAGGGCGGCUUGGAGCCCCCAGAGCUCAUGAAUGUAGCUGGGGCCUGGAUGCCUGCACUCACCCGGGUCCCCUACACAGGGAAAGGUCCCAGGGUCCGGCAGGUGGAGGCCUGCAGACCCUGCUCCUCAGAUGGCCAAGCUGCACUUUGAACCUGGGUGUCUCCCGGGGCCACAUUCCAAGAGACCCUACCUGUUUCCUGUCCUGGCUGAAGCUUCCGGACGUGCCUCCUGCCCCUUACUAACCGGCUCAGCUGACUCGGGACAGCUUGGCUUCUGCCAGGAGAGGACACUGGGCCGAAUGCUUCGUGGACAUUUGCGGCCCUGCUGGCUUUCAGCACCCACCACCAGCUCUGGAAUAUGAGCUGCCAGUUCUGGGCACCAGAUUGGCUCCAAUGUUAAUUUAUAUGACACAACAUCUCUGUGGUUUAUGUUUUGUAUUUUUCUUACUGUUAUUGUUAGUGUUGUCAAGAGUUUUCCUCUCUCCUUAAGGUUUUUGUGAGUAUGUCUUUGACACUUUAAAUUUCAGAGAAAAGUCUAUUGCCUAAUGGGACCAACAUAAAGUAGUAUCAACAUCUUUAUUCAGUUCUACUAAAAAAACAAAAG